UUGAAUCGCUCAGUGCCAAAAAAAAGUGAUUAACUGCGAUACAAACACAUCACAACAUUUUUGCACUGAAAUAAAACAGUCAGAAUCAUUUUUUUUUUCUCUCAUUGUUGUGUAUGGUAGAGAACCACAAGAAGACUAGUUUGAAAAGCACUCUUGGAGUGUAGCCUAAUUACAGAGAUAAGCUAAGAGACUACCCGAAGCGUGAAUUUUCAGCACUUUUCCCGUGCGGGACUCCAGGUGCUGGCCGUCCCUCCUGCCUGUUCUGCAUGGUCAUGACCUGUCGCCACAUCCCCUCCACAGCCCGACUCGCCCUACUGGUCCUGCUCACUGUCUCACCACAGCUGGCUGGAGCCGCUGCUGUGGGAGUGGAGAGGGUGGAGGGGGGGAUGGAGGGUCUCACCCGGACACACCCCAAAGAGGACAACCGUAGUCCCCUCCACACGCCCCCCGGGCUCACCCUCCCCAGACCCCUCAGCACAGUUCCCCUGGAGCAGGACCAGGGCACCCCAACAGACAUGGACCCUGCCCAGAUGCUGGCCUCCGUUCUUCUGGAGGCCCUUGACCACCCUGGGGCUGCAGAGACACCGGGCAGGCCAGAGGAGGGAGACAGUGCAGAGGGGCAAUGGCAAGAACCAGCCCACCUGGAAGCCAGGGGAAGUCAAGAGGGAAGGAGAGUAGGCAAUGUGGAGGAGGAGAGAUGGGGGCUGGGGGAGGAGAGUGGUGUGUUGGACAGGAGGAUGGAGAGGCUAAGGGCAGCCUUAGAGGCAGCGGCCCAAGGGGAGGAGUUGAGGGAGUGGGAGGAGGAGGAGGAGAGGAAAAAGUCUCAGGAGGAGAGAGGCGGGCCAACGGAAGGUGAGGCGGGCCGCGACGGAGGCGGAAGCGAGGACGGUGGAGAACGAGAGGAAGAGGAGGAGGAGGAAAGAGAAGGACCGGAAAGAUCCGGGACCGUCUCUGACGGAGCCGAGUCCUCGCUCCGGCGCGAAACGAGAGGCUACUUCCAGAACAUUGACCUGGGUCUUCAAGACAACGAGAUCUUACCUCCUCUGAAGGGCUACAAGGCAUACAAUACCCAGCUGGCACGAGCCGGCAAAAAACUCCACUGGCAGGAAGAGCAGGCGAGCAACCGGCCGAUCCAGGGCAGCAACUUCAUGGACGACUUUGAGAACGAGGGCGAGGAGGAGGUGGAGGAGGAGGUGGAGAGCCUCACCCGCGCCGAGGAGGAGGCGCGCGCCCGCGCCGACAAACAGGAGGUGCUGAGGCAGCAGGAGGAAGCGGAGCACGCCCGCGAGGAGGAGCAGCGCUUGGCCGACAUCGCCUCGGACAUGCUGCUGCAGUACAUGGGCAGGAAGCAGCAGGGGGCGCCCUACCUGGAGCCGCGCCGGAAGGCCAGCGUGGACGCCAACGGCAACGCGGCCGAGGACAAGCGCUCCGAAGAGGUGGCCACCGACGACGACGACGACCUGGACCAGCAGAUGAUCGACAGGCUGAUCGAGAUCAGCAGCAAGCUGCACCUGCCCGCCGACGACGUGGUGGAGAUCAUCAGCGACGUGGAGGAGAAGAAGAAGAAGAGGAAGGAGCUUCCGCCGCCCGGCAAGCCCGUCGUGCCACGCUUCCGCCCCCUGGUGCCCCCUCCCCUGGCUGGACCCCCAAUCUACCACUACACAGCCUCCAGCAACCCCAAGAAAGCCCUGUACAAAGCCAACAGGAAGUGGCAGAAGGACAAAAACAAGGCCAAGUCCUAUAAGCAGGAGUACUGGUACAAGCCCCAGAAGCAGGUUGACUACUGGUACAAGCCCCAGAAACAGUUCCUGGCCUUCCCCUCCUACCCCUACUACCAGAAGCCAUACCGAGCCUACUACCCAGUCUACUUUCCCUACCCCAAAGCCUCCGGCUACUAUGACAAGACUUCCCUUCCCAGGGACCAGCAGCUGUUUGUCCCCCAGGACUACGGCUUCCAGCCCCCCAGGCGCAGGCACCGUGCUGGGGUUAAUGCGAGGGGGCAGGGCUGGAGGCAGCAGCCACCUCCACGCCUGCCUGCCACCCCGUACAUCUCUAACUACAUCCUCCCCCACCCACGGACCUACCAGCCCCUGCCUCCCCCCAAACCUCGCUCCCCCUCCGGGAGGGGCAGGCAGCCCCCCUUCUACUACCCCCCGGCGCCGGGAGACGACUACGAGGAGGAUGGCCUGGAGCCCCAGCUGGACAGCGACGAAGAGCUGGAGAACUUUAUUGAGAGGAUCUACAUGAAACGUAGAAUGUACUAGAAAACACGCAGGGAAGAGUGACCAAUGGGGAGUGCUGGGGUGGGGGUCAGGUGGAAGGAUUCGCAAAAGUUGAGGGAAAGAAAGAACGGGAAGAGGUGUUUAAAGAGAUUUACGGAUGGAAUGGGAAGGAAAGAGGAAAAUGGUGAAUAGAUCGCUUUUUUUUUUUUUUUUUUACCACAUAUGUUUGUUUCAGUCAAGCAGAAGGGAGAGGGGGGUUCCUCUAGGUAGCCAUAUUCAACCUCUCAGUUUACAUUCUAAACCAGAACAUGCAGCGCUGGUCUGUGUGCCUGUCUUCAUUCAGGUCCUCCUCUGAUGCUCCUGCAUGUCUCAGAGUGUUGGGGUUUUCUAAAAAGAAAAAGGAGAAAAUUUGAAGAAAAAAAACAUUAACCAUUUACACCAACACACAGUCCAUGAAAGAUAAACAAUGUGCCAAUAACAAGAAUUUAAGAGUUUACAGAAUACAUUUGGUCUCUUUCAUUUGGUCAUGGAACAUCAGACUGUGUACUGGGAUUCUGACUGUAAAAUGCAUCAUGAGUGACAUCACCAACACAAGGUAAACAGUGGCACCGGUUUGAACGCAGCCCAAACUGCCAAUCACCAAGGUCAUGUGUAUACCUGCACAUAUUUGUAAUUUGAAAAGGUGCCAAAUAUAUUCAAUGCAGUCUUUCACUUCUCAGUCGAACGCACUGGAAGUUAGGAUCAAAACUUCUAUUGCCUUACAACAAACAUUCACACUCCUAUACGUACAUACACAUAUUUGGCCCUUUCCUUAUUUGUUAUGUCAUGGCAUUCCCUUGCACAUAUCCUUAGGAUCCUUUGGCCUCAGCCUCUCCAAGCACAAAAGAAAAAAAGAUAGAACUUCCAACAGGUUGGGCAAAGGGCUAUUAAUCAUUCAUUGGGUGGGGUGGAGAGCUACGAUGUGGACACUUGUCUGUUUGGCAAAUGACUCAUGCUUCGAGCUUUGUACCACCUUGCAGGCACCGUUGACCAUUCAGGUCUACUGCAUUUUUCUCAGCCUUCCGUAACAGAAACUGCUGUUUCACUCAUGCGACGACCAUCUUGGCACGUUCUGCUUUUCACCCAUCGACUCUUCGCUUCUCUUCCGUUUGAAUUCUCUUUCCUUUUUUUUCCCCCAAAUUACUUGAAGUCUCUCUGUCUUUGCCAUAAACAGCUUCUGUAAGCAAGCACUACUAAUCAAACAUGUGAAUCAGGAGGCCAACAAACACUUCAGUGUAAAUGUUUUAUUUAUUUCCACACAAAAAAAGGACAGCCACAGAAGAGAUGCUGUCUAAGGACAGGAGGGGGAAUUGAUUGAGCUCAAAAAAGAAAAAAAGUUAAAUCUGCACGUCUUUUCUACUUGCAUCUAAAAAAAAGAAAAAAAAAUCUUUGGAGAAAAAAAGAAAAACUCAAUCCAGAGAAAUUCAGACGGUUGUUUCUCUGAAUAAACUGUGAUCCUAAAAAAAA